AUGUCCAAGUUGAUUACUGUCUUUGGUGCCACCGGCAACCAAGGCGGCUCCGUCAUUGACGCCAUCCUCGCCGACUCUGAGCUCUCAAAGGAGUUCAAGAUCCGCGGUAUCACUCGCGACACCACCAAGAAGUCCGCUCAGGACCUCGCUAAGAAGGGUGUUGAGGUUGUCACAGCUGAUCUGGACUCUGUCGAAUCCCUGACUGCUGCACUUAAAGGUUCCCACACUGUCUUCCUAGUCACCAACUACUGGGAAACAAUGAACGCCGAUGUGGAAUUCUCACAAGGCAAAAACGUUGCAGACGUUUCCAAGGCAGUGGGCGUUUCCCACCUUAUCUUCUCUUCGCUCCACAACGUGACCGAGGAAAGCAAAGGACGUCUAACCCAUGUGCCUCACUUUGACAGCAAGGCCAAUGUUGAAAAAUACAUCCGUGCUUCCGGUGUUGGCUGCAGUUUCGUUCUUCCUGGAUACUACAUGAGCAACUUUACUCAGAUGUUGAACCGUGCUGAGGAUAGAUCGUACCAGCUAUUCUACCCUGUGAGCAAUGAGGCCAAGUUCCCUCUCUUCGAUGCUGCGCAGGAUACCGGUCUAUUUGUGAAAGUUGCACUUAAGCACGCAGACCAGUUGAAGAACAAGCAGAUCCUGGCUGCUGCUAAGUAUUACACUCCCCAAGAAAUCGUGGAUACCUUCUCUAAGGUCUCGGGCAAGAAGGCUGUCUUUGUGCAGGUCAGCUCGGAGCAGUAUAAGGUUUCUUUGCCUGAGGCUCUUGCUGUCGAGUACCUUGAGAACCAGCUCUUUGUGGAAGAGCCUGGCUACUACUUGGGCGAGUCGCUUGAGCCUACCCUGAAGCUUGUGGACUCUAAGCCUGUUACGUGGGAGGAAUUUGUCAAGAAGAAUGUCUCUUCCUGGGAAUAG